AUGUCCGACACCAUCCGCGAGUAUCUCUCGCUUCCAUCUUCGACGCGGGUCGACUCGCCCACGCAAGCACAUCAAUGGCUCGACACUCUCCUCGCCGGCGGUCUCCCCGUGCUCGGUUCGGUUAGCGACUCGAUACGCACCAAGCUGGCGACUGCGGUGCUCACAGACAUCGGUGCCGCAUCAGGAACGCGCGAGGGCGACCUUCUUCUCAAUGCUAGAAGCAAUGUCAAGUGGAACUCUGCUAUACGACUCUCGGCCUUGAAGCUGCUCAAGGAGCUCAGUCGCUUGCCUGGUGGUAGCACGCCCAUGGCCAAGCCAGAAUCGCUGCGCAUCCUCUUGCAGCAGAUCGACUUUCCCAGACAGCGUGUGCGGAGAUCACCUCCGACCUCGGUCAAGAGGCAUAAGCAUCGCAUCUCGACGGCAUCAUCCAGCUCGACCACAUCCAGCUUCUCUGCCUCAAGCGCGGCUCAUACCUUCAGUUCCAUAGCAAAGUCGUUACGACGUGCCGUCAGCAGGCGCGGCUCUCACCGUUCCGAACGUCGCGGAUCGAAGGACAAGGACAUGCCGUCUUCAGACAGCAGCAGUGAAGAGUACGGCGCGGCCGCAGACCCCGACUGGCCCAUCACCGACAUGGCCUUGCGCUGUCUCAAUAACGCCCUCUUCCUCAACGAAGAUGCGCGGCUCCCCUUCUCCAGCGAUGAGAUCGGCGGUGGACAUGCGGCGGUCGCACUGCUCUCUCAACCUCAAGAUACGCCCGCCGAUAUCCUCUUUCUCGGUGCUCGUCUCUUGUUCUUCAGCACACUCUUCGAGUCGCCCUUCAACAAGACUGCUGUCACCACAUUAGACGUCGUGCGCAUCGAAGCAGCUUGUGUCGAUGCCCUCGUCCAAGCUACGCUCGGAAAAGCGGCCAACAAGAACGCUGCUUCUUGCGUCCUGAUAGCGAGCGGAAGUGCGGCACAGUUCAGUACCGCACUCUCUGAUCUCCUCAAGGCGCACUUCAACAUUUGCCUUUACUAUCCGCGCAUCGUCAAUGCUGAGGCAAAGGAGGGAGGGUCAACACAAGCCGCAGCCUCGGCGGAACCUGCCGGUGCGGACCAAGCGAUCUCGGGCGAAGGAUUCGAUGCAAAGCUACUGGACAUGCUGUCACCGCUCGUGUCUGUCAUCACCGCACUUCCGCUUUCAUCACCAGUACCAUUGACGCCGCCUGCGACACACGCCAUUGCUGCACUGCUCAACUACCCUGCUGCCGAGGUCAAGAAGGAGAUUCUGGCAGACAGGGCCACAGGUUCCAGCACUUUCCCCACCCUCACUGCUCCCAUCUCGCCCUCGUCAACACCAGCCCUCCAAUCCGCCCCCCUCUAUCUCAGCCGCCUCAUCACCUUCGUCGACCUCAUGCUAGCGCGCUACUUCUCUGCCCCUCUACCCGUCUCAGACGGCCGACGCGUGCCCGAAGACGUCGACGCCAGAUCCAUCAAACAAAAAGCCACCGCGAACGCCAUUGAGCUGGAAGACACGCUCGAGCCUCUCCUCCUGCUCCUCCGCAAGACCGCUGCGGAAGACGACGACCUUCGCUCGAUCCUGCGCACCAUCCUCCUCCCAAACGACCUCGACCGCAGCCUGGCCCUCGACCGGCGACUUGACGUUCUUGGGCGGCUCAUUCGGCUCAUGUCGUCCGUCACGCUCCCGCGCACCGCGCGCGCGUCCGGCGAGCUCCUUCUGGCGCUCUGCAACGGCGAGGCGAAACAGAUGACCGACACGAUCGGCUAUGGUCCGUGUGCGGGCUUCCUUAUGAAUACGGGUCUUGCGUCUGCUCUCCCUACGGGCAGUGCCGCGCAGGCGAAUGGAAACGGACGUGCCGUCGACCCGAUCACCGGCGAAUACGAGCCGACCGAUACGGAGCGUGCGAUGGACGAGAUGAGCCGCAUGACCGAAGAAGAAAAGGAAGCCGAGGCUGAGCGACUGUUCGUCCUGUUCGACCGGAUGAAUCGCACAGGCGUGAUUCAGGCGCGACACCCGAUGGAGGCGGCACACGACUCCGGUCGGUUCGAGGAGAUCUCCGCCAAAGCAGAAGCGGAAGAGCGGGAGAGACAGGAGAGGGAGGACGAGGAGACAGAGCGAGAGGUCGAGCGGGACAUGGCCGCUCACCGGCGUCGCAAAGAAGAAGCUAGGAAGCUCGCCACACCGGACACUGCAUAG